CGGCAGCAGGAGUGUCUUCAGUAGAAAUGAGAGUGAAUGUAGACUACACUGUUGAGGAGACAUUUACAAAUAAGAUGAAACUCAGUUAAAGGAUACGAACAGUCCUGUUUUGGAGCUUUGUCGGCAUGCACAGAGAAUGAUGAUGAUCGAGAAUUGUAUGUGGUGUACCACAUCGCUGGAUGUGGAGGGAGGGGAAGCCAUCAGAACCUUGUUGAGGCGCUACGGUUUAGAGAAGCUGUCGAAGCAUGAGAUGGAUUCUCUUAAUGAAGAUCUCAGUUGCUGUAUGGAUUGUGUGGUGGAGUAUCACCGAGCGAGAGACCGUGUCACUGAACUGCACAAGGUUUUGUGGGAAAUGGAGAAAGCUCGACUCCUGCAUGUGUUGGGAUCCAUGUUGGACCAGGAGCUGGGGGAGGAUGAUGAUAUCUUAAUCAUCGAAGACGACCACGAAGAACCCGUGUCAAAGAUCUCGCCUACAGAAUUCCUCAACGGUCUUCGCUUCCCAUUGUUCGAAGUUCUCAAAUAUCCGUACCUCCUCUGCCACCCUGAGCUGUGUGCCAUGGCGGUAAAGGCCUUGUGUAUGCUGCAGGACAUGAAACAGUCUUUGAAUGUGUUUGAGAAGUAUCAAGGAACAUACCUGCUGCUUGUUCAUCCUGAUGAAAAGGUACGACGCUGGGCGAUUGACGCAGCGAAGACUAUGAAGAGUGUGGACCGGGACGCCUACUAUGACCUACAAGAAAUCUUCUCUUGCAUGCUUUAUGUCAUUGAGCUGGGAUUUUAUCAGGAUGUUCCCGAUUUGGAUCUGGAUUCCUAUGCAUGCGGCACCAUAGAGAGAUUGCCCUCUCACCUCUAUGAUGCACACAAUAAGAAGAACUAUUGGCUAGGCAUCUGUAUGUUACUUACACAGCUCAGUGCUGAAACAAUGGACUCACUGUUCAUGGGGCAGUUCAAUAUCCCUCUCUGCAUACUCAACACCAUGGACGGGUUAAAAAAUGAGGAUGAUUUUGCUUCUGACCCAUUCUGGCCAGCCCUUCAGUGUUUUAUGGUUAUUCUGGACCGACUUGGUUCUAAGAUCUGGUUUCAGGUCGACCCUAUCGUGGCUUUUCAGACAAUAACUGGAGCAGCCAGAUACACUGCAGAAAUAAGAAACAUCCAGCAAAAAACCAUGGGGGGGAAGGUUAAGGUAGAGCCGGAUUAUGACGAUAACAUGGUGACCUGCAGUCAAAUGGUGUAUGACUGUUAUGCUUCAGAAAAAACAAGCAAAACGUCAAGUUCAUCGUCCAGUGGUGGUAUUUGCAACAACAUGAUCUAUGAAGAUAUGCAGUCCCUGGUCAAUGUACUUGAUUCUGAAAUGGGCCAGAGCAUGCGCGUCUAUGGCAGCACAUUUCUGUGGUUCAUUCCUUUUGUACGGUCCAUAAUGGACCUUCCGGAAUUCAAUGCCUCCUACAUCAGACAGGUCAUUCACUACCUGUGUGAUAAGAUAAACGUCAAUCGACACAUGCUGAACGGACAGACUAACAUGUGCGAUAAAGUGACAGAGUUGUUCACCCGCAUCCUCAUUAAAAUUGUCAAGCUACAUUUUGAUGAAGGACGAAUGGGCAAACUAUCACGCUGUGCCCACAUAUGGGUGGACGUGAUUGCCAUGUGUACUGUCCUGUCUGAUGAGUUAUUCAAUUCUAGACCACCAGGCUGGAUGGGUGGGAUUCACGGAGUCAGUUCAACCUCGAACACUCUCGGUUACAGACUACCUGCACCUGGAAGUGGUGUUGGUGCCAUUAUUCAGGGCUGCAACACUUUGAUUCGGCAACUGCUGCAGGAAGGAAAGCGAACUGGAUCUGACCAACGUUCUACCAAAUAUUUGAAUUCGCUGAACAAGCAGCUGCGUGGAGAUCCGAACAAACGGUGGAAGCUAACAAGUUCUGAAUCUGCUGAGCUUCAACGAUGUUUAGAAAGCAUUGUCAAGUCCAUGCCAGAAAGACCUGCUUCGCCACCUUCUGCACCCUCUGCACCAUCCAUAGAGGCAGCUCCAAAUUGUAGUCUUUUUAAAAAUACGACUUUGCGUGCAUUUCAACAUGAAGACCAAGAGGCAGGUCCAAGCAGAGCAGGAGAAGCGUCCACUUUCAUCAAAGAAGAGCCACUUUGGGAUUGCAUCUCUGAUGAUGAUUUCUUCAGUAGUCUUGAGGACAUCAUGGAGGCUAAGAAGGAACCUUCUGAGCCAGUGAUGAUUUCAGAAUCGCAGAAACCUUCUGUUGAGUUGGCACACAUUAAACCAGACAUGGGAAAACUGCAGGAACUUCGAUCCAGGCUAAAUGAUAACCAGAAUUUAACAAAGAUUGAAGCUAUAGCCCAAAGGAUGCCUGGUAAACCUAAGGCUGGAGGAGACCAUAUUGGCCAUGAAGGGCUACCCGUGACAUCAAAACGGGUUAAAAUAGCAGCAGCUAAAGAGGAAUGUGGUUUUGGAGAUGAGAUGGAGGAAGAUGAUGAUGAACCUCUUGAUAAGAGACGGGUCCGCCUGAUGAAAUCCCAAAGAAAUGUUGGAAAAAAGCAUGCCAUUGGUACCUCAAAAGAAAAUUUUGGUACCAUAAUUAUCUCUGACGAUGAAAUUUCUGAAAGUGGUGAAAGGCCAACAAAUGAGAUUGGGAUGUCCUGUGAAGAUAAUAAGUCUCCAGUGUCACCCGAGAGUCCAGGCCGUGACUAUGAUGAUCUCAGUGAAUCACAAGUGUUUGAGUUUGAGACCCAGCAAUAUGUGGCAUCCGCUUGGGAGGAUUCAGACUUUGACACAUCAGUCGUGACUAGGAAGUUUAAGUUUGACUCUGCUCUCAAAGCACAGGUGACUCCUGUUCCUGAUGAAGGUUCUCCCUCGAGGUGUUCAGAGACCGAAGCGGUUCCUGAUGAGGACAUCGAAAGGGCCUGUCAGCAAGCAGAAGAGAAAAUUAGACAACAGCAGCAAUCCGAAGAAAAGAUCCGACAACAAAAGCAAACCGAAGAAAAGAUCAGACAACAAAAGCAAACCGAAGAAAAGAUCAUACAACAAAAGCAAACCGAAGAAAAAAUCAGACAACAAAAGCAAACUGAAGAAAAGCAGCAAGCAGAAGAGAAGAUCCGGCAACAGCAGCAGCCACAAGAGCAAACGGUUUCAUUUGCAUCUUCUUCAUCCAAAUUGAACAGUCCUGUAGAGUGCAAUGAUAAAUUCAUCAAACCAACUACUCUGCCAGUAAAAAAACAGAAAACUCCACCAUCUGGAAAAAGAGACACUGUGCAGUCCAAGAAACCUUUAAUAAUUGAGGCUCUGGCUCAAAAAAUCAGCCGCCAUCACCGGAAACGCACCCGGAGUUCUCAAGAUGAUGAGGAACCACAUUUAACUUCUGCAUCCUCAUCUGAGCUGCCUGCUCCAUCCACAUCCUCCAGCUCCAUUAGCUCAAAUUGUUAUUUAUCCUCCACCUCACGUGGCAUUCCUGCUGUCGUUCCCCCAAAGAAGUUUCGUAAAGCCAUCGAACCGGAAUCAACAGUGGAGCGUCUGGGAUUGAAAAAAAGGGAAAGGAAGGCCUUUGAACUUUCUCAGCGGUCCCUGGACAGUGUUGCUAAACUGCGGGGCCAUGGCCAGAAAGUGCAGGUCGAACAUCAACAGAUAAGAAGGCGACUGAGUGCCACCAAGACCUCCCCACAGAAACGUAUUGGGAAAGGCAACAAGAAACUCCUUGCAUCUCAAGAUAUGCAGUUUUUCCGGCAGAGCCGUGAUAAGCGUCAAAGGCCAGCAGUGGUGUCCCCCACAACGCCAGCGCCCAAACCAACCAUGAGCACCCAACCAGGGGACAUGCACCCACUGAAACCUAAGGUUGGAGAGAAAGAUUUCGCCUUUCUUCCCUGCCCCCAGCCAGAUCUUGACAGUCCACAGAAUAAUGAAAGUACUGCAACGGAAAUUAAAUCAAACCAUACCAAUGAAAACUGUGACACUACAUCUGCCGUGUUUGAACAUAACAGGACAGAGUCAGAGUACUUGGGAAGUGGUGAGUUUGCUGAUGUUGCUGUCAACAAGAAAGGCAAAAAAGAUGCUGAAGAUGCAAAGGAGGAGGUGGAUGAUGAAUGGAUGUUCCUCACCCAAAUGGAACCCACAGACAUGGAGCUAUGCUCUCAAAUGGAGCAACUUGAAGAAAAUGAUGAGCGAUUUUUCCUUACACAGAGAGAUCCUGUAGAUAUGGACCUGGACAUGGAUGAUGAAGUCAACGAGUCCGAUACCACAGGGCAACAAGUGUCUUCACAACCUUCACAUCCUAUGCAAACUCCUAACAUUUCUAAACGUAUUGAUUCAAGUGAUGAUAAUUUGUUCUUGAAGCCUGGGAUGUCCCCCAUGUCUCAGAAAAAAGCCAAGCCUUCCACCACGAAAAUAUACACCCCAAGCUCACGAAGUGCCUCCCUUGUCCAGGAAAUGGAAAGAGGAGAUAAGCCACCUCCUAUGUGCAAUACUUCUAAAGCUAAAGUAGCCCGUCCGCCUUCAGCCAUGCCACCCCCAGCCAUUCCACCCCCAAAAACAACUCCUCCCCCUUCUCCACAGUAUGCACAUCCAAUGCCUUUAAGGCCAGUUUUUCGACCACAGAGUCAUGCACCUAAAUCAAACACCAGUACCAAAAUAAGCUCUACCUCUGAUCCGCCAACUUACAAAACAUACCCAAGACCUGAAGCUCCAGUUCACAGACCCCCGUGUACAAUGGAUCAAAGCCCAAACUUUGACAUGUCGUUCCUGACCCAAGCAAUUCUCGAUUGGGAAUAUCGGAUGUUUGAGAACUACAAAGCAUUUGGCAGUCCAGAUGACCUGUGCCGGCAUCCACUGAAGGAGGUGCCAGUUAAAUUCACUAGCUACCUAGAGUACUUCUACACCAUGUACCCUCUGCUGCUUGUAAAUGCAUUUGAAGAGAUGGCUAAAGAGUGGCAGAAGAAGGGAAGAGUUAGACUGUUUGCAAAAAUCCAAGGAAUGGAGUACAGCAAUCAUAUAGCCAGCACCAACUUCAUAGCUGGCCUUAACACAAAUGAAGAAAUGAAACAGCUCUAUCCCAAAGAAGAGGACCUCGUGCUGCUUUGGCUGCCUGAGAACACUGGGGCGUACGAACACGAUGGACACGAUACCGUAGAACAUGCUCAUUUUGGUUAUGUAUCCCGGUCCAACAUUUCCAAAAGAGUUCCAGGUACCAACUCAACCUUAAGCAUGACUAUCCAGACUCGUGGCAAUGUAUCAUCGGUGAACGCCCAGCCUGUUCGCUGUGAAGUCAUUGGAUCGUUGGUCAGUACAUUUCGGGAGUUCCGUGCACUGUGUCUACUGCGUAACGGAACCAUGUUGCGUCCACUUCUCACUUCACAUGUGUCAUACUUCACACACAGUCGGGAUAUCCAGCUGAAGAUGGAUACGCCAGAGUACAACGUUGAUCAGUCCAGAGCAAUAGCCUGUGGUCUUGCCAUGAUUAAAAGAACACAGAAGACACCCAAGUUUUUACUGCUUCAUGGACCUCCAGGAACAGGGAAGAGUAAAACCAUUGGCGGUCUGCUGCACAAACUACUCUCUUCGGUUGGUAACGGCGCUGCUCCAGUGGGGAGUCUUUCCUCCAAGGCUCGGAGGACACGCAUUCUUCUCUGUGCUCCCUCUAAUGCUGCCAUCGACAGUCUGAUGAAGAAAGUCAUUGUGGUGUUUAAAGAGAAAUGCCGUAACAUCAACAUUCCACAAGGUAAUUGUGGCGACAUCAAUUUGGUGAGGUUGGGAAGUGAAAGGACCAUCUCAAAGUCACUCAAACCAUUCAGCCUCGACCACCAGACCAAAGCUAGAGCACAGCGAGUCCAGCAGACUGUUGAAGCUGAUAUACAGACACAAAAGGAACAACUGGACCACAGCAUUGAUAUUCUGUCGCAGCGCCAUGCAAAAGUCAAGAAAGAUACUCCAGAGUUCAACGAACUAACUAAAAAGAAGCUGCAGCUUCUAAAAGAGAGGGAAGGUCUUAGUCGAAAGAUUAAAGAGUGUCGCAGUAAGCGGCAGGAGUCUCAGGCUCUUGUGCUUCAGAAUGCUCAUGUGAUCUGCUGUACACUCAGCACCAGUGGGAGCAUCAUCCUGGAGAAUGCCUUCCGUCGUCUCGGACACGAGCCCUUCAGCUGUGUCAUCAUUGAUGAGGCUAGUCAGGCUAAAGAAACUGAGACGCUGAUUCCCAUGCUGUAUCGAUGUCCUGCUGUAAUCCUUGUUGGUGAUCCCAACCAGCUUCCUCCAACCGUCGUUUCACUGAAAGCCAAGGAGUUGGGCUAUGACCAGUCUCUUAUGGCGAGGUUAUAUAAAAGCCUCCAUCAGUCGAAUCAACAACCAUCUCCCGUCUUCCUCCUCAGCAUGCAGUAUCGCAUGCAUCCCGACAUUUGCGAGUUUCCCUCCAAAUACAUCUACAACAACAUGCUUAAGAGUGACUGGCAGGGCCAGUGCAGGCAGCAUGAGAAGGAGGAGAGGGCUUUGACCAGGGCCGAGUUAGGACUCAUGAGGUUUUUUGGUGGACCGUGCAAGUGUGAGACAGCUCAAAAGCGCUGUUCCUUCAGCUGGCCCUUCAAACCCUACAGAGUGUUCGACGUGACUGAUGGGAGAGAGAACAAGGAGAGAGAUUCAUUUUUUAACCUCAAAGAGGUGAAGCUGGUGAUGAUGCUGUUAAACCUGUUAGGGGAAAAGCAGUCGGUCCGUGUGGGUGUCAUAACUCACUAUAACGCCCAGAAACAAAAAAUAUUGGAGGCCCUGAGAGAGUCGGGCAGUGAAUACAAGCACCUUCAGGUGGAAGUAGAUACCGUCGAUGGCUUUCAGGGUCGAGAAAUGGACUGCAUUAUUGUGUCUUGUGUAAGAGCCAGCAGUGAAAUGGGUUCCAUUGGAUUUGUUGGUAAUCGGCAAAGGAUGAAUGUAACCAUUACCAGAGCCAAGUUUAGUCUCUUCGUACUGGGACAUCUACGCACACUCAAGGAGCAAAGCGAUUGGGGAGCGUUGAUCGAAGACGCCGGAAGACGUGGGACUGUUAUCAAGACACGCGAGCGAGAUUUCUGUAAUGACGCCAAGAAGAUUCUUAAACGGGAAACGCCAUCUCGCAGUCUAUCUCAUCCCCCUGUUAACAGGCCUAGCGCUGUGACCCCACCAGGCAAUCACGCCCUCAUGGAAACUGGUUCUACCUCCACUUCGCGACUCCAGCUGAGUAGCGGUCCAUCGCGGCAGCAGCAGCUGCAGCAGCAGCAGCCUAGUCCAAAGCUAAUACCUCUGGACUGCCCUAGAGACCCACGAAGUUGUGUAACUGACAGGCCCACAGAUCCCCGCUUUGCAGAGUGGCGGCCAAAACAGAUGCAGGACAUGGAGAGGAGGAGCUCAUCGGUGUCACGCCAGUCGGAACAGAGAGACUUCUCAAAUGAUGUAGACCAUAGAAAUAUCGGCCACUCUGACAGAUACCAUUCGCAGCAUCAUCGUUCUUCAUCGCACAGGAGAUAAUUCAUCCCUGUUUUUAUUUAUGGUUUAUAUUUGAAAGAAAUGCAAGAAGAUUUCGGCAUCUUUCUCAUGUUUCGAGUGCCAGCUUUAAACCACGAAUGUGUUUAACAUCUCUUUCUCAGGCAGAAGUUUAUUAAUUAACUUACAAAAUGGGUUGGAUGGCAGCAUUUGCAUCUUUACUAAAUGUCUUCCUCAAAUUUGCUGCUAAAAGCAUAAAGUAGUUAUUCAGAUAUCUUCAUGAAAAAAUAGUUUUUCUUUGUUAUGAACAUGUUUUGCUUCUCUCAAAAAAUAAAAAAUAAUUGCACUUUCCUAAGCAGUGGAACCCGGUCAGAAAUAACCAGUCUUUUGGGUUUGAGGUUUUGUACUACUUGUAUGUCACUUAUUUGAGGUUUUUCUACUACUUGUCUGUCACUUAUUUGAAUGUAAGAAUUAAGGUGUUUGCAGGUGAAGAUUUGCCGUGUAUAUUGUAUAGUGUUUGGAAUAUGGUUUGUUUUAUACUGAAUUUUUAUAGACUUGAUAGACAAGGUAAGUACACCUUUUCUGUUAAAGCUGGAUGCUUUUUUUUUAUACGAGUCCACGUUAUUUCGUCUGGAUUGUUGAAGUCUGAUACAUUAUAGAUGUUCAGGAGAUGGAGCUAAACAAAACCAACAGAACCGGGAGAAAUGUAUCCCUAAACCUUUUGCAGUCGAAUAUAAAAAAGAAGUCAUGUUUGAGUGAAUUGUGGCUGUUGGUUUAAGUUAAGUUUGACAUGGUCAAAUUGAAAGAUAUUGCCACUUUUGUUGUGGGGUUUUCAUAUUUUUGUUGACCGUUUUACAAAAGUGUAUGAAGAAUAAUUUUUUUAUGCUGAUGUACUUUGCAUGUCUGCCUCUUUUAUAGAGCUGUGCAGGUUGUAAAAUAAAAAACCUUUUUUAUUAUUCGA